GGGGGAAAUGGAAACCAGUGUAACACUUCACAGAAACAAUGCUAAUGUGAAAUCAUGGCUAUAAACCUGACAGUUCUUCAAAUGGCCUCUGCACGUUCCUACUCAUGGAGUGUGCCAGCAAUGCAGUCUGGUGGUGGAACCUUCUUCUAGCAGUGACUGCUGGAGCACUCUCAUGUAGCCUCCUAGCCUUCUCCUCACCGUUCCUGAACUUUCUGAGGGCAAGGUUGUAAAAGGGUAAUGGUGCUGUGUCCUCGGUUCCUUUCAACUGCAGUACCAGACGGUCCAGGAACCUCUCCAGCCUCGUCAGAGAUGCUGUGCCUUAGUUAUAUUUAUUAAUAAGUCAGGAUUCGUAAUUUUUGGUAGGAUUUUUGUUUUUUAUUUAUAAAGGUAUUUCUUUUAAGCUUUAUUAGUUCGUGCAUCUUGAUAUGAGUUCACAGAUCCAAAAGAGAGAGAAGGCCUGGAUUCAAGAGGGGUGCUUCUUGUCAUGCUGUAUUUCCCAAUCUGAACACCCAUAUGAAGUGUCUGGCAUGUUUGGAGGAAAAAUAGUACCUUUUGCAGCAUGCAAUCUGCAGCACCUUCACUCCAAGAGCUCACAAGGAGUGCUAAAUUGAGCCCCAAAUCUUGCUGGUCUAGGAGGCUCUAGCAGCUUAACCUGGUUCCAGAUACUCAGAAUUUGUAAAUACUAUAAGGUUUUCCUUGGCUCCUUUCACCUUGGAGAAUAAAAAGAGUAGCCUAAGAUCCCACUGAAAGUUCUGUUCUCCAUUCCUGGAGUGAAAACAAAACCAUCAGUACCAAAGGAUCCUAAGCCAUCCGAUCAUGGUAUUGGACACAGCAGAAUCGCACGUGUCAGCCUCUUUUAGCAGAGCCAGUCUUCAUGAGUGCACUCCUUUGGUUCCCAUGGAUAGCUUUGAAAUAUCCCAACAUUGCAAUAUAUGUGGAUACCUGUAGAGAAUGCUAUGAAGCGUACGUCAUCUACAAUUUUAUGGUAUUCCUUUCAAAUUAUUUAACCAACCGGUAUCCAAAUCUGGUAUUAAUCAUAGAAGCCAAAGAUCAGCAGAGACAUCUACCUCCCCUUUGUUGUUGUCCAUCAUGGGCUAUGGGAGAAGUUUUAUUAUUUAGAUGUAAACUAGGCGUGCUGCAAUACACUGUUGUCAGACCACUUACCACCAUUAUUGCUCUAAUCUGUGAGUUGGUUGGUGUAUAUGAUGAAGGAAACUUUAGCUUCAAAAAUGCCUGGACUUACUUGGUUAUUCUUAACAACAUGUCACAACUGUUUGCGAUGUAUUGCCUUGUGCUCUUUUAUAAAGUACUGCGUGAAGAGCUAAACCCAAUCCAGCCUGUUGGCAAGUUUCUUUGUGUGAAGAUGGUAGUUUUUGUUUCCUUCUGGCAAGCUGUACUUAUUGCACUGCUGGUGAAAAUUGGUGUUAUUUCUGAAAAACGCACCUGGGAAUGGCAAAGUGUGGAAGCCGUGGCCACAGGCCUACAGGAUUUUAUUAUCUGUGUGGAAAUGUUCUUUGCUGCUAUUGCUCAUCAUUACAGUUUUUCCUAUAAACCUUAUGUCCAAGAAGCUGAAGAAGGAUCAUGCUUUGAUUCCUUUCUUGCAAUGUGGGAUAUUUCUGAUAUUAGGGCAGAUAUAUCUGAGCAGGUUCGAAAUGUUGGAAGGACAGUUUUGGGCCAACCAAGGAAAAUAUUUUUUGCUGAGGAUCAUGAACAAAACGAACAUACAAGUUUACUGUCUUCAUCUACUCAAGACCCAAUUUCUGAUGCUGCUUCUAUGCCAUCUUCACCCAUGAGUGGCCACUACCAGGGGUUUGGACACACUGUGACACCUCUGACUACUCCUACAACAACCACAAUAUCUGAUGGCAUCUAUAACACUAUUGUUGCAGAAGAGAAUGAGGAUUACCUUAUUCCAGGGCAUGGUACAUCUGAGAAGCCUUUGGAUAAAAGUUAAACCCAUCUCCACUUGAGUGUGCUAAAGAAUCUAUUCUGUGUUUUCCUGCCACAUUGUUUCAUGAUGACGUAUUCCAUUGCUCUUGAAGGGGCUAUUAAUAGCUGGACAAACUGCAGCAUGUCUCACAAACAGAACAAAGUAAGUGAUUGGAAUCUCAGUUUUGAAUACUGAAUUUGUUUAAAAGUCUAUAAUGGAUUUGAGUAUAUAGUGUAUCAGUUGAAUAUAAAACAUGUAUGCAGUUUAAAUUUCCAGCACAGAUUUUAAGAAUCCAUUUCUUAAGAGGGUUAAAGUAUUUAGAAAGCUAUAUAGUACCUAGCAUAAAAAGGGCAGUGUCAUACUGAGAUUAAACUGGUGUCUCUUAACACAGAAGAUAUAUCUGUAAACAAAUACUCUAUUGCUCUUCAAAUGUUUGGGAUGUAGGUAGAACUGCUAACUGGGGGACUUGAUUUCAGGAAUGUAAUUUAAGCAACUGAAUUGUAGAGACUUAUUAUGUUAAGCUUAUCUCUCCAAUGAGGUGGUGAACAAAUACAUUUAUGGGUAGUGUGUGGCAGGAGUACUGACUUCUUCACCUUCCUCUAUACAAACACACAAUUGAAACUCCUUAUUUAAGAUACUCUCUCUCCCAUUACAGAGCACCAAUGUCUCUGGGCGUCAGCCAAAGCAUCCUUUUAAAAACUAAGUUCUCCGUACAGGCCUACGUAGUAAGAGACUGAGCCCAGAACUGCAAAUUGCCAUCCUUAGCAUGGCAGCACUGAGUUGCUGGGCUGCCUCCUUGAGAGGUAUGGUCUGAGCACAGGACUGUGAGCCAGAAAUGUGUAUUAAUCACAAAUCUAGGCAAGUAAUUUACAUUUUGCCACCAUUUUCUCUGUCUUUAAAAUGGGAAUAACAUCUACUUAACAUGCAUACUGGUAAGAAUAAUUACUGUUUGCAAAGUGUCAAACAGGAAAAGCAUUUCAUAAGUUGAAGGAAAAACUGACUUCUGUACUUAGAACUGCAAUAAACUUAUACCUUUCUCUUAAAAAUCUUAAACAUGUCAAAGUAGGAUAUUUCCCAACAAAAGGUGUCUAGUUGUCUAUUUAUAGAUUGUUUGUCAGUAUACUGUCAUUUUAUGCCUCUGCUAUAGCUUAGGUUCAAAUUCAGUAGCAAAUUUGCCUCCUUACUGGGAGGAAAAGUAAGAUAUUCACUAAGGAGGAAUCAAGUAGCUAGUGUAAUACGGAAGAUACUAACGUUACAGACUUCAGAUCAAGAAUAAUGGCAUUUAUAUCAGAGUUCUAAGGAUUUUUUUUGCAAAUCAGACAAAACCAGGGUUAUUUUCUAUCCCAUCACACUUGCAUUUGCAUUGCAUGCUUGCAAUUUGGCAUUUAUAUAGAGAAAUAAAACUGGAGCAGCGUAGAUGCUUUUUAAAGUGGUAUCUGCAACAUUCCACCAAAAAUUACUUGUAACUUAACUUUUUUUUCCAGCAUUGAUACCCUUUACAGAAAAGAUUUUUAAUUGUAACUUCUUACUCUUACAGUGAAUUCAUCUUAAAAGUGCUUUUUGCAGUACUAGUGUUAUGUAAAUAUUUUGCCUUAUUCACUAGGCUGCAUAUUUUAUAGCCGAAGUGGAGUAUGUAUUUGAUGUUCUUAGAAAAGAGAGCAAAUCACACUUUCAAUAUGCCGAUUCAUUGCCUUCAUUGUAAAUAAGCAAAUAAAGAUUUUAUUUAAACGUG